AUGAAGAAUGACGUUACGGAAUAUGUACGGUCAUGUGACAAGUGCCAAAGGUACAAGAUCAAGUAUCACCAGCGAACAGAUCAGAUGAUCUUGCCUGAACAUUCGAGUACACCCUUUGAGGUAGUCCACCUAGACUUUGCGGAGUUGAAGAAGAAGGCUGAGGGCGUUAAGAAAACUCAAGCUUUCCUACUAGCCAUAGAUCAAUGCACUCGCAUGGUUGCCACCCGACCGGGUCGCGAGGAUACGAACAGUGUAAUUGCCCUUCUUGAAAGGGAAAUGUUUGCACAGACUAAAGUCAUCAUUUGCGACAACGGCCCAGCUUUCGCAAGCAAACGGCUCGAGACCUGGUGCCAACAAAGGCGAAUCCGUGUUAAGCUCACUGCACCCUAUCACCCUGCAGCAAACGGUUUAGCUGAGCGAGCCAUACGGGACAUCAAGCAGUUUCUUCACCUAUAUCCAGACUUCCCGCAUCGGUGGCGUUCGUGCCUCGAGGCUGCCACACAUCAUCACAACCGAUCUCACAACAAAGGGAUUGGUUGCUCCCCUCACUUCGCAUUGCAUGGGGAGUCACCCCUCGUGGCCGCUGACUCGGAACUCGGGAUAGCCGACGACCUCCACCUACGGGAGAUGCGGAGCACGCACGAGCAGCAGAGUCACUAUAGAAGGUCGAUGAAGAAACACUUCGAUAGACGACACAACACACGUCUUCCGGACAUUCAGGUUGGGGACCUCGUCACUGUGCGGACGGGACUAUCUGGCGCGACUUUUGGCGCCACACAAGCCUUAGUAGGUCCCGUGAAAGUACUCCAGACAGCACACAAGCAGGGCGUCCUGAAAACGAUCGCGUAUAUUCACCCCAGUGGCCACUACCGUCUAGCCACCAUCGGCAACGUUUUCGAAUACCAUCCCAGGAGGCAUGGUCAAAACACCCCCGGGCCUAUGUAG